GAGGUGGCCAAGUUGGAGAAGCACUUGAUGCUUCUCCGAAAAGAGUAUGUUAAGCUGCAGAAUAAACUGGCGGAGACAGAGAAGAGAUGCACUCUUUUGGCUGCACGAGCCAACAAGGAAAGCAGCAGCGAGUCCUUCAUCAGCCGCCUGCUGACAAUUGUGGCAGACCUUUAUGAGCAGGAGCAGUAUAGUGACCUGAAGAUAAAGGUUGGGGGCAGGCACAUCAGUGCUCACAAGUUUGUCCUGGCAGCCCGCAGUGACAGCUGGAGUCUGGCCAACUUGUCUUCCACGCAGGAGCUGGACCUAUCAGAUGCUAACCCUGAAGUGACAAUGACAAUGCUUCGCUGGAUCUAUACGGAUGAGUUGGAAUUCAGAGAAGAUGAUGUGUUCCUGACUGAAUUGAUGAAACUAGCUAAUCGGUUUCAGCUACAGCUCCUUAGGGAGAGAUGUGAGAAGGGCGUCAUGUCUUUGGUGAAUGUCAGGAACUGUAUUCGCUUCUAUCAGACUGCAGAGGAGCUGAAUGCCAGCACACUGAUGAACUACUGUGCAGAAAUUAUUGCAAGUCAUUGGGAUGACUUACGGAAGGAGGACUUCAGCAGCAUGAGUGCUCAGUUGUUAUACAAAAUGAUUAAAUCCAAGACUGACUAUCCAUUACAUAAAGCUAUCAAAGUGGAGAGAGAUGAUGUUGUCUUCCUCUAUCUAAUUGAAAUGGAUUCACAGCUCCCUGGCAAGUUAAAUGAAGUGGAUCAUUGUGGAGAUCUUGCCUUAGAUCUAGCCCUUUCUCGACGACUAGAGAGCAUAGCCACCACUCUGGUUAGUCACAAAGCGGAUGUGGACAUGGUGGACAAGAAUGGAUGGAGCUUGUUACAUAAAGGAAUCCAAAGAGGAGAUCUCUUUGCUGCCACUUUCCUCAUUAAGAACGGGGCUCUUGUCAAUGCUGCCACGUUGGGUGCCCAGGAGACACCAUUGCAUCUUGUGGCAUUGUACAGUUCAAAGAAGCACCCAGCACGUGUGAUGUCUGAAAUGGCGCAGAUUGCAGAGGCCCUCCUGCAAGCUGGUGCUAACCCCAACAUGCAGGACAGCAAGGGCAGGACUCCUUUACAUGUGUCCAUCAUGGCCAGAAAUGAACAUGUGUUCAAUCAGCUGCUGCAGUGCAAACAGUUAGAUUUAGAGCUGAAAGACCACGAGGGCAGCACAGCUCUGUGGCUUGCAGUGCAGUACAUCACUGUGUCUCCUGACCAGUCUGUCAACCCCUUUGAAGACACCCCUGUGGUAAAUGGAACAUCCUUUGACGAAAAUAGCUUUGCAGCUAGACUCAUUCAGCGAGGCAGCAACACUGGUGCGCCCGAUACAGUGACAGGAAAUUGCUUGCUACAGCGGGCAGCUGGAGCAGGAAAUGAGGCAGCAGCUCUUUUCCUAGCAACCAAUGGUGCCCAUGUGAACCACAGAAACAAGUGGGGAGAAACCCCAUUGCACACAGCCUGUCGGCAUGGCCUGGCCAACCUCACCGCAGAGCUUCUGCAGCAAGGUGCCAAUCCAAACCUGCAGACGGAGGAGGUGCUGCCUUUGCCAAAAGAGGCUGCAUCCCUGAGCAGCUCAGUGGACAGUGUCUAUCUGCAGACGCCACUUCACAUGGCAAUUGCUUACAAUCAUCCAGAUGUGGUGUCUGUCAUCCUGGAACAAAAAGCCAAUGCUCUUCAUGCCACGAACAACUUACAGAUUAUUCCGGACUUCAGCCUCAAGGAUUCGCGGGACCAGACUGUCCUGGGCCUGGCGUUAUGGACUGGCAUGCACACGAUUGCAGCCCAGCUUCUGGGUUCUGGGGCUUCCAUUAAUGACACCAUGUCGGACGGGCAGACCUUGCUGCACAUGGCCAUACAGCGACAGGACAGCAAGAGUGCACUCUUCCUUCUGGAGCAUCAGGCGGAUAUAAAUGUCAGCAGGACUCAGGAUGGGGAGACAGCUCUUCAGCUGGCCAUCAAAAACCAGCUUCCGCUUGUGGUGGAUGCCAUAUGCACCCGGGGAGCUGACAUGUCUGUGCCAGAUGAGAAGGGGAAUCCUCCCCUGUGGCUUGCAUUGGCAAAUAAUCUGGAGGACAUCGCAUCUACUCUGGUCAGACAUGGUUGUGAUGCCACAUGCUGGGGUCCAGGUCCUAGUGGGUGCCUGCAGACACUCCUGCACAGGGCCAUUGAUGAAAACAGCGAGUCCACUGCCUGCUUUCUCAUUCGCAGUGGCUGUGAUGUAAAUAGUCCAAGACAACCAGGUGCAAAUGGAGAAGGAGAAGAAGAAGCAAGAGCUGGGCAGACUCCCUUGCAUUUGGCAGCCUCUUGGGGACUUGAAGAGACAGUGCAGUGUCUUCUGGAGUUUGGUGCCAAUGUAAAUGCGCAGGAUGCAGAAGGAAGAACGCCUGUCCAUGUGGCCGUCAGCAGCCAGCACAGUGUCAUCAUUCAGUUGUUGAUUUCGCAUCCUGACAUCCACUUAAAUGUUCGAGACAGACAAGGGCUGACACCUUUUGCCUGUGCCAUGACUUAUAAGAACAACAAGGCAGCCGAGGCCAUUCUAAAACGAGAGUCUGGGGCUGCUGAGCAGGUGGAUAACAAGGGCCGGAAUUUUCUCCACGUGGCAGUUCAGAACUCUGAUAUUGAAAGUGUCCUAUUCCUGAUCAGUGUCCAGGCUAAUGUGAAUUCAAGAGUCCAGGAUGCUUCCAAGUUGACACCUUUGCACCUAGCUGUCCAAGCAGGCUCAGAGAUUAUUGUCCGCAAUUUGCUUCUUGCAGGAGCCAAAGUGAAUGAAUUAACCAAGCACCGCCAGACUGCCCUCCAUCUCGCCGCCCAGCAGAACCUGCCCACCAUCUGCUCAGUCCUUCUGGAGAAUAGAGUGGACUUUGCUGCUGUGGAUGAGAAUGGAAAUAAUGCUCUUCAUCUUGCUGUCAUGCACGGCCGGCUCAACAACAUCCGGGUCCUCCUGACAGAGUGCACGGUGGAUGCUGAAGCCUUUAACCUAAGAGGCCAGUCACCACUGCACAUUUUGGGACAAUAUGGCAAAGAGAAUGCAGCAGCCAUCUUUGAUCUCUUCUUGGAGUGCAUGCCUGAGUAUCCUCUAGAUAAACCGGACACGGAGGGAAACACAGUGCUGCUCUUAGCCUACAUGAAAGGGAAUGCCAACUUGUGCCGUGCUAUCGUCCGAUCUGGGGCUCGCCUUGGAGUGAAUAAUAACCAAGGAGUCAACAUUUUCAAUUACCAGGUUGCUACCAAGCAACUUCUGUUUAGACUGUUAGACAUGCUGUCCAAAGAACCCCCGUGGUGUGACGGCUCCAACUGUUACGAGUGCACUGCCAAGUUUGGAGUCACAACUCGCAAACAUCACUGUCGUCACUGCGGACGUCUUCUUUGUCAUAAAUGCUCGACCAAGGAGAUUCCUAUUAUAAAGUUUGAUCUGAACAAGCCUGUACGAGUUUGCAACAUUUGCUUUGAUGUACUGACUCUGGGUGGGGUCUCCUAGUGAGCCCCCCAGGAGGGUCCAGGCCACGUCCCCGGUCGCCUCUCCAGCAGCUGCUCUGCUCACCAGCCCGUCCCCACCCAGAGCAGGAACUGGGGGUCGUCUUCCUGCGGCAGUAGACUGGAACAAUUAAGGACUAUGGUGUGACGGAUCCCAUUUCAACUAAUUCUGUAUGACUGUCAGUGUGUCAGACUGUGAUCGACGUCCCUAGAUAUCUCACUAACUGGACUGGACCAUUUAGCCUGUGUGGUAAAUGUGGUAGGAAGUAGACCCCAUUCUGCUAGCAACAUAAAAGGACACUUGUAAGACCAUGUCCCCUGCCAGUAGCGUGGUGUCCAUCUCAGAGGACAUGCGGUCUUCGCCUUCCUGCUUGGGCAGUGGUACUGGCAGAGCCCACCAGAGUGGGACGCUGGUGCCCGGCUGCUCAGUGAGUGCCGGCUUUACUCUGGGAUGAGUGGCUGUGGGCUUCCUGCGCAGUGUUUUGUCGUAAAGAUUAUAGGAUCCUCUUGCCCUGGAUUUUUUUUUUUUUUUUAAGCUAAGCUUUAUUUUUAGUGAGCUAUCCCUUU